GCAUAUAUAGAGAUUGGCCGUUUCUCCAAAUAAUUUUAUCAAGAAGUUUCAGAUGCCUCUCAGAAGAACAAUACAUGUGGUAGAGGUAUGCAUUUUUUCUAUAAUAUGCUGGGGUGGUGUGACAUUGUUUAUAUAUCGUACGAUAUUCAAGGAUUGGCCCAUUAAGAUAACACCAUUAUAUAAAAAUAGGUAUAUGCAAUGAUAUAUUCACCUGUGUAUUAACGGUAACAGAUACAAAGUCACUAUGAUUCUAGAGUUAUUAUUUUCAGCUGUGCUUAUUCCUCAUGGGAUCAGGUAAAAUGGGAAGGUCUACGCUUCUAACAGUUAUAACAGUGACCUGUCUGGCAGUUAAAGUGAAAGCAGAAAAUACCUACAUAACUGACAAUGGUAGGACAUGUGUGUUGUGUCCCCCCGGACACUUCUACAUAGAUGACUGCCGGGUUCCAGACACAAUAGCCUUAUGUAAGCCAUGUCCACAAGGCACUUUCUCGAGUAACUUCAACAGAGCUAAACACUGUGCAGCAUGUAUGCCUCAUUGUGAGUCCGAUAUCCUGGUCACGGUUCAGAUGUGUAACGCCACAACCAAUAUGGUGUGUGAUUGUCCUCCAGGGGAAAUACUGGCGAACCCACAUGACAAAUACCAUGCCAACUGUACACCUUUCCAGGGAUGUGAACCAGGAUCAGGAGUACUUGUUCAAGGUACAUCGCUUCAGGAACCUAAAUGUGCAAAAUGCCGACCAGGCAUAACAUUUUCACCAGAACUGUCAUCCAGCGAGCCCUGUUAUCCGUGUACCCAAUGUCCAAAUGAUGACUUUGUACAGGAAUGUAACACUACACAUGACAGAAUAUGUAAUGUCCCACAACCCUGGUAUGACAAAGUGGCUAUUCCGUCUUUGAUAUUAAACGGAAGUUUUAUCAUAAUAGCCAUGAUAAAAAUAAUGAUGAUGGUAAUGAAAUUAGUCUCAAAGAAUGGCGGAUGUCCUCGGAAAGCGAACAGAGAGAAGUCUGCUAAUCAGGAGGAAUGCAUACCCAUGAAUACCGGCUCCAAUGUAUCCAGCAGCCCUUGAUGUAAGAGAUUGCAAUACAAUUAUACAGCAAGUAAUACACGACAAUGACACGGACAAAGAGAGGAUUUAUCAGUGUCUGCUAAAGUGGCAAGAACUCGGGAAUCCUCCAUCAACAAACAUCCUGGUCCAUGUCUUAUCCAAACAUCAGAAGAAAACUCUUUUGAAAAAAUUGCACACUAAGAUGUCAUCUGAAUUUAAUACCAGUUCCGGUACAUGACGCCGGUCACAGCACGUGUUUCCAAGUUUCUUAAAAGCCAAACCUACGAACAAAAACCUGGAAUCUGCACUUAAUGGAUUUUAAGAGCGGAAAGGUGUUCGUCAUCAACACGCGAUGUAGAGAUAGCAUCUUCUCUCUUUCAUAAUAAUGAUAACGAGUGCUAAUUGUAAUGCGGGACCGUAACAGAAAGCUCAAACCUCAAAGCCCUUAUUACAUUUCAUCAAAAUCGAAUAAUAUUUAGAUGUCCCCCAACCAAAGGCCAGAAAAUGGUGGCCAUUUCGUUUUGGGAAAUUCAUAAUUGGAGUUUUAUAUGCCAAUAUAUUAUAAAUACAUAGACGUCUCAAAAUGGUUCACAAAUUCGAUAAUGAGUGGCCGGGUGACGCAGUAAGUGGCACAGUUAUUUAAUAUAGGUUAAUGCUGAAUCGAUCAAGAAAGUGGGUUAUACAUAAAGAUAUACCAGAUAAUGUUGUUAUCGCCAUUACGUAAUGCUAUUUCUAUACACAAAAGAGUUUCAAUGUGCAUAACUUGCCAUGCGCCUUUAAUGUG